UGAAGAAAGAAUAUUUUCAGUUUCAUUUCCCUCUCGCCCUCCCUUUUUUUUUCACCUGGCGAAAUUUUGAGGUCGAUCCUUCUAUUUAACCUAGUGCCUGUUCGUGCAGCCUUCACUUUGCGAAGGAAAAGCAGAAAGCAUGUCUGCUCUAGGUACUUCGGGUGAAAUUUUGGAAUGGUUCAGAGCCAAUAAAAUGCAGAUUUCUGCUGCUAUCAAGGACUCAUUUCCCUUUUUCUUUAUCCUGCGAGACAAGAAAAUAAUAUCUGAGGAGCAGUUUAAGAUUUGUUCUGAGCAGGUAUCGUCAAAUGCAAAUGCUCUUCAAAGAGUGGUAUACAGUGUACUUGAAAGCAUUGCAAACAAUGUGUCAGCAGUAAAGGAGAUUUUCUGCCCAGAGAACCUGGAAGCAUAUCAAAAUUUAAAGCCAAUAUAUGAAAGCCUAGAAAAUGUUCUCCAGCGUGCUACAAAUAGCUUUGCCACAGGACUUGGGAGCAAGAGCAUAGUCCAGACAAAGAAGAACAAUUCUGAAUUCUCUGCACCGAAAGGUUUUCCCUUUCUCCUUACACCCAAGUUUGAUCAAGAAAUGGCAGAACCUUCUAAAACAAAUUUUUUUUCAGAGGGAGAAGCCUCAACUAGCUAUCAAGGACUGAAAGUUGCUGGUGCGACAGAAAGCAUGGCAAAAAUGUCUCCAGGACCAACUAACACCUGUUUGAAAAUGGGUGGUACUCCGAAAGGAAAAGGGAUACAAAAUAUUAAAAAAGACAAGCCGGUUGUCCAGGGCUCAACAGUGAUUGUUACUUGUGGAAAAACUAGAGGUGUUUUAUAUAAGGAAAAAUUGGCAGCAGGAGCUACACAGAAAUGUAUCAAGAAUUUUAAGGGAACAUGGUUCACACCACAAGAAUUUCUGAUUGAAGGAGAAAUUGGAGGUACAAACUGGAGAAGAAGUAUCCGCUAUCAGGGGGCUCCUUUAGAAACAUUAAUAAAGGAUGGCAUGCUACCUGAGCCAGCACGAACUACCCCAGGGAAAAAUAAGCCAACAGAUGGCAUAUGUGAAGUGUGUAUGGAAGAAGGGUCUGAUAUAUGCUGCAGUUCAUGCUCUAAAUCAUUUCAUCUUUCUUGCCAUGUUCCAGAAGAAUUGGCUGUGAAAAGGUUUUGGAAAUGCACCUUUUGCAAAUGGAAAGGUAACAUUUACUUCAAAGAAGACCAGGUUUUAAGGUGGAAAAUGGGUGCCAAGCCAAAAAAUACAUGUGAGUUCUUGCUUCUAAAGAUCUGGUGUGAGCCUGAAGGUGCUGUUUUUGCUGAUGAACCAGUCACAAUCCAAACAUGUGAUGAUAUCUAUCCAAAUAACCCGAUGUGGCUCAAGAGGAUUAAAGAGAAGCUGAAUCUAAACCAGUACGAAACAGUGGGGGAUUUCAUUGGUGACCUGCGUCUGAUGUUCAGCAAUUUUCUGAAGUUUCAUCAAGGCCAGGAUGUCGCAGAAGAUGGAAGAAAACUGCAAAAUGAAUUUGAAAAGAGCUUCCGAGAAGCGUUUUCUAUUUGUAAUUAGCUGCUUGAGGGCAGCCCAAAUUUACUAAACAAAAUAGUAAGAGAAACUCAACACAAAGUAUCCGUCCAGGAACAAAACAUAGCCUAGAUCAAAAUAUAAAACAAGUCUAAUUUAAAUUCAUGUCAACACAGUCUCAAAUGCAAUCUAUGUAACACAAGAACUCAGUGAAAUGUUCUCCCUUUUGGCCUAAAUGUUCCCAUUAGGAGUGGCGGGAUUUGUCAUUUUCAGUUCUCUUUUUGUCAUUUUUCCAUUCAUAACUUCAGUUCUCCACAUUUCUGUAGCAAUUUGAGAAUUUUGGUUUUUUUAAAUCCUCAUGAGAAUUCUACAGCAUUUUAGUGCAAAGUAAACACAUCUUUGUAUGCAGUUUUGACCGAAGUGCAUAUUUUUGCAAGCCAUAAUGUAUUUUUUGUAUGUUAUUUGCAAUACUAUAUCCAUUUUAAUGCAGUUGCCCCUAGUAUAUAUACAUUUUUGUAAAUUUUCUUUGGUUGGAGAACAGCAUCACAAAAUUCCCUACAGAAGCCACCUUGAAGCCAGAUGUUCGUGUCCAUGGGAGGAAGCUGCUUAGUCUAGAGCUGUUCCAUCUGUCAAUCCUGCUCUCUGCUCAUCUCCACCACAGCAGGAACAAGGAACCAGGAGCAGGUGUUACAAAAGCCUAUUUGCUACUCAUAAGCUCCUGUGGCCAUCAUGGCUCAAGGUACUCACUAGAUGAUUUAUCCAGGGGUAGCAGGUCAAGCAUCUUAACUCCAAGCCAGCUGCUCACCUCUCUGGCCAGGCAGCUUCUGAAAUAAGUACCUGGAGUUGGUUGAGACUAGCAAAACGGUCUUCAGGUGGUAUCACUUCAAGCCAGUUGCUCAACACUAAGGGCUCGUCCAUUCUUCACUUGCCCCACAUCUAGAAAUCAUGGGCCUGAGAGUUUUCUGCUUUCUAGGCACGGGACUGAGCCCUUCCACUUUCCCUGGGGAAACCCACUCUCUACCACUGAAUCAGAGCAAACAUCUACCCACGGGACUGAUGCUCCGAUUCAGUGGUAAGCAGCAGGGUAAAUGGUACGUGGAAGUGUGGAUGAGCCCUAAGUCAAAACAGUCAGGCUUCUGACCAACCCACCAGUGAUUAAGGACAAGGCUUUCAUAUCAGAGGAUGUGAUGUCUGGUCUUGGCUUCAUUGUAAACCAAACUGACCCAAACCUUUCAGUGCUACAUAAAGAUUUGGCCUUCACGCCCCUGUGGGAGCUCAUAUGAAAAAGAUUCAGGGGCACUCAUGAUAAGUGGUUUGCUUGACAAGCAAUAGCACUUUCAGAAACACAUAACACAGCAUAAAAGAAUCAUCAGGUAUGUCACAAAACAUGACCAAUUUGACAGAGUAAGGUUUCCAUUUAUAUGUGGGGUGGUUUAUUGUCUACUCCACUUGUGAAAUGCACUCGGCUUAAAUGCCUGACUCACUGUUUUCAACCAUGUAUUGUUUGUAGGUGUUUGGGAAAUUACAGUCCACACAUGUUAUAGAUAAUUUAUUAUGGUCAAAGACCAGCUCGCAUAACACAAUAAAAACAUCGUUCAUAAAGAUAAAAUAUACAAUCAGAGCAGA